ACAAGAGCGACUGCUGCUUCUUCUGAGUUUGUCAGCCCAGCUCCCGAAAAUAGAAGCCGUGUGUCAAUGUGACUGAAAAUACAUUUAUGUCACAGCGUAUCCACGGGAGUCACUGAUACACAGUAUCUAUAUACAGCGAGGGGAACCGCGAAGAAAAAAAGGGCAUUUUACCCAAGGAAGAGAAAGCACCAGGAAGAUCCAAGUAGAAAGAAGUGUUGCAAGAAAAGGAAGAAAUCAUAAAAUUGAGACUUGAGCUGGACAUUUGGGGUCCAGGACUGAGGAUUCUGCUGUAUUGUUUGUCAGAACGUGGUUUGGACACCUCAAGAGAAAGAUUCCGAAAGAACGAAACAGAGUGAGAGAGAAAGACUUGAGAAGAAUAAGUGGAGUACAAUGUGCUAGGGGAGUGAAGGGAGGCAAACUCAGUGUUUUUCUGAUAUUCUCGUGGUGUCAGAGAGACCAAACAGGACGGCAAGGAUGGGACGGAAGAAGAUCCAGAUCACAAGGAUAAUGGACGAAAGGAACCGGCAGGUUACCUUCACAAAGCGAAAGUUUGGCUUGAUGAAGAAAGCUUACGAGCUGAGCGUAUUGUGCGAUUGCGAGAUUGCCCUCAUCAUAUUCAACAGCUCGAACAAACUCUUUCAGUAUGCCAGCACCGACAUGGACAAAGUCCUGCUUAAAUACACAGAGUACAACGAGCCCCAUGAGAGCAGAACCAACUCAGACAUUGUAGAGAAAUUAAGAAACAAAGGCCAUAUUGACUGUGCCAGUCCAGAUCCAGAUGACUGUUUCGGUCACAGUCCCCUCAUGGACGACCGUUUCGGCAAACUAAACGAAGAGAGUGAUUUAAUGUACAAGCGCUGUGGUGCGCUUAACAAGAAAGAACACAGAGGCUGUGAUAGCCCGGAUCCUGACGCCUCAUUUGUCCUCACCCCUCACACAGAAGAAAAAUAUAAAAAAAUUAAUGAGGAGUUUGAUAAUAUGAUGCGAAAUCAUAAAAUCCCUACAGGCCUGCCCCAGCAGAACUUCUCCAUGCAUGUGGCUGUGCCUGUGUCAAACCCCAACGCCAUGUCCUACAACCACGGGGCCUCUUUAGGCAGUCAGAGCCUGUCAGCCGCCGCUGCGUCUCUGAGUGAUGGUGCCAUGCUGUCUCCACCUCAGGGUUCCCUGCACAGAAACGUAGUGUCUGCCGGGCCCCCGCAGAGGCCCCCCAGUACAGGCAGCGCAGGUGUCAUGCUGGGUACCCCAGAGCUCGCAGUGCCAAACGGCGUCAGCUCCAGUCCUGCGGCAGGAAAUGGCUUCGUUAACCCGAGGGGCUCGCCGGGGCUUCUGGGUACACCCAGCGGGAAUGGGCUGGGUAAAGUCAUGCCUGCGAAGUCACCACCACCACCGGGGGGCAACAUGGGCAUCGGAAGCCGCAAGCCAGACUUGAGAGUUGUCAUUCCCCCAUCCAGCAAGGGCAUGAUGCCUCCCCUGUCAGAAGAGGAGGAGAUGGAAUUGAACACUCAGCGGAUAAGCAUCUCCCAGUCCACCCAGUCUCUGGCCACACCGGUGGUCUCUGUUACCACCCCCAGUCUGCCACCCCAAGGCCUGGUCUACUCAGGCAUGCCCACUGGCUACAAUUCUGAAUACUCCCUGAGCAGCGCUGAGCUCUCAUCUCUGCAAGGCUUUGGCUCUCCGGGGCUCUCUAUAGGCUCAAUGUCGGCAUGGCAACAGCAUCAACUGGGCCAGGCAGCUCUCAGCUCGCUGGUAGGUGGCGGUCACUUACCUCAGGGCUCCAAUCUCUCCAUCAACACCAGCCACAACAUCAACAUUAAAUCGGAGCCCAUUUCACCUCCACGUGAACGCGUCACCCCGUCCGGCUUCCAGCAACAGCAACAACAGCAGCAGCAGCAGCAGCAGCCUCCCUCCGGGCGUCUGGACAUGGGCCGCUCACCCGCCGACAGCCUCAGCUCCUCCUGCUCCUCGUACGACGGAAGCGACCGAGAGGAUCACCGGCACGACUUCCACUCUCCGCUCGGCCUGGGGCGACCCCCCGCCGGCGGGGCCGAAGAGAGGGAGAGCCCCACGGUCAAGCGCAUGCGCAUGGACACCUGGGUGACAUAAGGCUGUGUUGAGCUGACCGCCAGUCAGUCACACGCAGGGCUGGGCAGGGGAAAGGGAGAGAGGCGAGACAGCAGGGAGGGUCAUAAUUGUUAUUAUUCUAUUAUUAUUAUUUAACGUCAUUUCACUUUUUUGUAAGUAGGUGGAUGGUGUUUGAAGAUGUCCUUACAUAUCGAAAUUAAGCAACUAAGUAGAGAGAGAAAGAAAAGUCAAGCAGUCAGAAUAAACGGUGUACUCAAAACAGGUGUUUUCAGGUACUUGCAAAUAGGAUUGUUUGAGAGUCCAAGACAAGAGAUUAUUGUAGUCACUGGUGCAGUUUGACACUUGUAGCUGUUUUUUUCGCUGUUGAAUUAGCAAAUUUCAAACAAUCAAAGAAAGUUUAGGGCCGGCUUUCUGUCUAAAGGUUGUUGUCCGCUGGGCUCAUGUAUUAAACAAUCUGUAUCUGCACUUGCCCUUAUGUCACUUAUUAAAUUAUUUAAAGGUCAUUUUAAAUAAAUGGUUAAAUACAUUUUAAAGGACAGUAGAUCGAUUAUUAUGAGGCAGAGCUUGUAUCUGAAUUGAGAUCACGUAUCGCCUCAAUCAAGACAUUAAAUUAUGUGUAAAACAAUGUCUCUAACUUUACCAUACACAUUUUAACCAAUUGCUAAAUUUUCAAUAUAUUACUGACAAACUUUUUUUGGAAGUUUAAGGUAGCCCAGUGGAUUAUAGACUAUAGCUAUUGGAUAUUCAUGCAGCUCCAACAACUCAAUGGUUACGCAAGCCAAAGUCUCUUUGUCAUUUUGUUGUACUGUGGGUUGGAAAUUUUCAGCAUUUCUCUCUCAAUGUUUGUUUCAUAUAUUAGUUCUGUCAUAGUGUGCAUUGUUACAAAUGUUGGAGAAACGAUAAACAUGCAAAGCAGAUCUUGAAACAAUAUCUAAAGCCAUGAACACUUGCUGUUCUGUUUGUAAAUUAAAGAUUUGAGCCAAACAUUUUCUUUUGUUAUGUAUAUAGCAACUUUAAUAUAUAUCACUUUCGGUGUAAGUACGUAUGUAUUGUAUCUUCACCAGAUUUAAGAAAAAAAGUAUAUUUUUGUGGAUUACUGCCAAGUUUACAAGGCGAGAUCCUUAUUAAGUAGAGUAUUCACUGGUUAAUAUUUACUAUUUUGUUAACUAUACUGUACUUUCUUCAAAUCGGACUAUUGUUGGUAAUAAUCAAAAUGGUUUUUUUUGUGUUUUAUUUGGUUUGUUGAGAAGGUUGUUUUUGGGUCGUUUACCCUUUAACGGUGGUGAAUGUCUGUCCAUAAGAAAUUGUAACGAAAGAGCUGUUUUAUUUAAGCUCGACCGUCCUUUUUGGUUUCGUUUUGUAAAACGAUAAUCGCCAUGCUAAGAAAAAUAUGGUUGCUUUUCCUACAACUGUUUUGUGAGGGAUUAGCCUGCAGCUGCUGAAUACACUGCCUACUUUAAAACUCAUUGCAGUUUAGAUGCACUAUUCAGUCAUCUCCACUCAAAGAAACAAUCCCACAGUGUGUAUAGAAAGUCAUCCCUCUUCGAAUGCACAUGUGCUCCCAUAUUGUAAAUACCAUAAGUAACCCCAGUACACAUGCAUACUAUGUACAGAACAUAUUGCCACAUAUUUUGUGAAUUGGUUCAUCUACAGAUUUCCUUAUGUAAGACACCUUGUAAGGCAUCAGACGCAAUGCUCUACAUUGCUGGACAAAAGGGGGCACUGUAGCUCUCUCUGCUGUUGCUAUUUCGCUCUUCGUGCAUAUCCCUCCAAUGCCGGGCUUUUCAUGUAUGACUGUUUGUUUGUGCAGCACAGAUGUCUGGUAUAAGUGGCCUCCAGUUUGCAUCACACCUCACAUCCCCUCAAGUGGGAUUCAGCAGCUGAAAAUGGAAAUGCUAGAAAUUGUAAACAGACUUCACUCAAGAAUGCACAAAAGUUUGUACGUUUAAGUUUGCCAUUGGAUAAAAGGAUGCUUUCCUCUUUAGAUUUGUUAUGUAUUUGGAUCACUUUUAGAUACCUCCCUGUCCUUUUGAGCACCAUAGCAACUGGCAAUAAGCUGAUAUUAAUCUAUGCAGUCCCCGUCCCACACAUAGCCAGGAACACAAAGCAUUCGCAUUGAAAGGAACUAUUGGAAAAAGCAUCUUAUAGUAUCACAUGCCCAUUUGUCAUGAAUCAUGAAUAAAGUGCUCUUUAUUGAGCAGUUGAGAAAUGACUGUUAACCCUUUGUCCCUAAGUGCUUGCGUAUUGAGGUCACAUAUAAAGGCACACUAAAUAUGAAAACGAGCCAUGCAGUCACUGCUUUAGGUAUAGCUUUAGAAUAAACCUCAGAUGUACAAGCUUUGUUGUCUCAGCUGAAUUAAACAACUUGGAAACCCAUUAGAAAGUUUUAUGAUGUCCGUUGAAAAUCAAGUUGUUCACAAUCAAAGCUUUUCAGGGUAGACAAGCAAUAAUGCCAGCUCAGUGCUAUAAAAGCACUGCGGAUGAAAAAACCUGCAGUUUUUUACACUGCAAUGCACACACAUUCACUCAACAUUAGUGCUUGAUUAGGAUUCAGGGAAUUUGUAGAGUUUCUCCACUACAUGCACAUUUAGAGCCUUAUUCCAAAGAGUUGCUGGUGUUCAAAAUCCAAUGUAUCGCUCAUCAUUUCUUAAAUUCAUCCAAACAAGCCUCAUAUCUCUGGAUGAAGUGUAUAGCUUUGUCCACGAGUCCCUAUACAAAUGCGCGGAUGAAAUACAUAAGAAUCUAAAGGGAGGAGGCAGUUCCUAUGGUGCAGAGUGCUGUGUGUGAAACUGUUGAAUGUGAAAGGAAGGGAUAAAGAGAAAACAACAAUUGUGUUGCGUACUUUCUUCACUUUGCUGUGCAAGAGUACACUGCUUUGCUUAUGGCUUUUCUAAAACAGAAUGAUGUAUUUGGUAAUUGUUUGUAGUUUAUAGUUCACUUCAAGAAGCUGUUUGCGGUUUGAUUGCUCGAACCGUUUGGCGGCACAAGCUGGACUUUGUUGCCAUAAAUGAAACGAGAUGUUUCAAAAAGAAAAAAAAGAGACAAAAAAAGAGAGAAACCUUUAAGUUAAUCUGCAUUAUAUUUCCCUUGAAUGUGUUGUUUUAUCUUCAUUAUACAAUUAAUAUUCUAGUGAUCUUUUUAUUGAAUGACUUAAGAUAUUAUGCUAGAGAUUGUUGUACAAAUUUGUAUUCUGCAUUCACUAAAGUACAGUAAAGAUAUUGGCUUUUAUUGUGUAA